AUGAUAUUUAGUGACCGCAAGGUUUUCAGAGAAGUUGUUCAUGAAUAUUGCUUGUUGAGUGGGAAAGAUGUCACUUUCACCAGGAAUGAAAAGUAUAAGCUGAAGGCAGUUUGUAAAGCAGUGAGCUGUCCAUGGCAGAUUUAUGUGGCAUGGAAAAACCCUACAGAUCGAAGCUUAGUGGUGAAAUACUAUAAUCCCAAUCAUAAUUGUGUCACAGUAUUUGAAAACACACAAGCCUCAAGUAAAUGGUUGACAAAGAAGUUCCUGCCUAGGAUUCAGUCAAAUCCCACGAUGCCUCCACAGUCUAUAGUGAACGCAUCCUCUUCUGAGUUUAAAGUAGGUAUAUCUAGGAUGAAAGCUUAUAGGGCAAAGGCAGAGGCGCUUCGAAUGAUUGAAGGAUCAGUUGCUGAGCAAUAUGCCAUGCUCUGGGAUUAUUGCCAUGAGUUGGAAGACAAAAACCCUGGCUCCACAACAAAGAUGCAGUGUGAGUUUGUUGAUCGUGAAACUAUUUUCAAGCGUUUGUACAUUUGUUUAGAACCAUUAAAGAAAGGGUUUAAGAUGAACUGUAGGCCUUUUAUUGGGUUAGAUGUCUGCCAUUUAAAAAGGGUCUAUGGUGGACAGUUGCUUACAGCAGUUGGGAUCGAUCCCAAUAAUGAGGCUUGGGUGCUAGUAUAUGCUGUGGUUGAGAUGGAAACAAGGGAGUCAUGGAUAUGGUUCAUUGAUCUGCUGGCCAAGGAUGUGGACAUUGUUAAUUCUUAUGGAUGGGCCUUUAUAUCUGACAAGCAAAAAGGACUGCCUAGUGCAUUUGAAGACAUUGUGCCUAAUGCUGAGACAAGAUUCUAG